AUGGACUCAGCAAAAAAUAUGGCCUAUAGACAGCUCAGCUCUGUCGUCAACCCAUCCAUCUCUACAAAUUUCGAACCGCCAACGAUAAUCAACGGCAGUCAGUUCAACAGGACGACUCUUAGCGAUAAUUUUCAGAAGCAAGAACAAUUCUUCGAAAGAAUUGCUACACUGUCGACUUCUGAGCAGAAAUCUUAUGGGUACAGUGUGAGUGACUUGAUAAACUACUGCACAUACAUGGGGGAACGGUGUGAUUUAUCCAAUGAUUUUGAAAGUUUCUACAACCCCUUACACGGGAACUGUUAUGUUUAUAACUCUGGUUGGAACGAUUCCAAACAAAUAGUGACGGCCACCAGGGAAGGUCCAAAAAACGGUUUGGAGAUGGUUGUGAAUAUCGAUCAGAUGGAUUACGUGAAGCAAGCAGGAAGUCUGGCAGGGAUCCGUGUCGUCAUCCUCGACCAGAAUCAGAUGCCGUUUCCUGAAGACGAGGGAGUCUCAGUUGGCCCUGGACAAUUAACUUACAUCAGUUUACAACGGCACGAGAUAAAUCGGUUGGGCUCUCCUUACGGCAGCUGCACCGAACAGUUGUUUGACCCAUUCACCAGUGCAUAUUCCGCAUUCUACAACGUUCAAUAUCGGGCCAAAGGUUGUGAGUACACGUGCUAUCAAAAAAAAAUUAUGCACGAGUGUGGAUGCAUAGAUUUCAGUUAUCUUAAUAUAACUGCCUUAAUGGAGAAUAUCAACGCCGACAACAUGAGCUUGUGUCAGUCUGGGAACUUCGAACAAGGUUGA